CAGAGAAACGGCCGCCGCCAUCUCCGGCUGCCGGCCCGCCCAUCGCGGCCGGGCGGUGAGACGAGGCGAUGAGGAGCCGCAGUAAUUCGGGAGUGCGCCUGGACGGCUACGCCCGCCUGGUACAGCGGACCAUCCUCUGCCACCAGAACCCAGUUACAGGGCUGCUUUCAGCUGGUACGGACCAUAAGGAUGCGUGGGUACGGGACAAUGUCUAUAGCAUCCUGGCAGUGUGGGGGCUUGGCAUGGCCUACAGAAAGAACGCAGACCGGGAUGAGGACAAGGCCAAAGCCUAUGAGCUUGAGCAGCUGAUAGGGCUGGUAGUACAGGAGUGUCACUGGUCUGCUUUAUUCCUGCAGAACGUUGUGAAGCUGAUGCGAGGUCUCUUACAGUGCAUGAUGAGACAGGUAGAUAAGGUGGAGAAGUUCAAACGCACACAGAGUACCAAGGACUGCCUGCACGCCAAGUACAACUCUGCUACUUGUGCCACAGUGGUUGGAGAUGAUCAGUGGGGACAUCUGCAAGUUGAUGCCACUUCUCUUUACUUGCUCUUCUUGGCACAGAUGACUGCAUCAGGGCUACGUAUCAUUUUCACCCUUGAUGAAGUUACCUUUAUUCAGAAUCUUGUUUUUUACAUAGAAGCUGCCUACAAAGUUGCUGAUUAUGGAAUUUGGGAACGUGGUGAUAAGACAAACCAAGGCAUCCCAGAACUGAACGCAAGCUCCGUAGGGAUGGCCAAAGCUGCUUUGGAAGCAAUUGACGAAUUAGAUCUUUUUGGAGCUCAUGGAGGGCAUAAAUCAGUGAUUCAUGUUCUUCCCGAUGAAGUAGAACAUUGUCAGUCUAUACUAUACUCCAUGUUGCCAAGGGCAUCCACGUCAAAGGAAAUAGAUGCUGGCCUUCUCUCCAUAAUUUCAUACCCAGCUUUUGCAGUGGAGGAUAUAAACCUUGUUAAUAUAACCAAGAGUGAAAUCAUAUCCAAAUUGCAGGGCCGCUAUGGCUGCUGUCGCUUUCUCCGAGAUGGCUACAAGACACCCAGAGAGGAUCCAAGCAGAUUGCACUAUGAUCCUGCUGAGCUCAAGCUGUUUGAGAAUAUUGAAUGUGAGUGGCCGGUGUUCUGGACAUACUUCUUAAUUGAUGGAGUAUUUAAUGAGGACAAAAUUCAGGUAGAAGAGUACAGAGAGGCUUUGGAAGGAAUACUCAUCAGAGAAAAGAAUGGAAUAGUUCUAAUGCCUGAACUGUAUGCAGUCCCUUCAGAAAAGGUUGAUGAGGAGUAUGAAAAUCCUCACUCAGUGGAUCGUAUCCCAGUGGGAAAGCUGCCUCAUCUUUGGGGUCAGUCAUUGUACAUCCUUAGCUGCUUAUUAGCAGAGGGAUUUCUGGCUGCAGGUGAAAUUGAUCCCUUAAACAGAAGAUUUUCCACUGGAUUUAAACCUGAUGUUGUGGUACAAGUAACUGUUCUGGCAGAAACUAAUCAAAUUAAGCAUCUUUUGCAAGACCAUGGAAUCAAUGUUCAGAGCAUUGCUGAUAUCCAUCCACUCAGAGUGCAGCCAGCUCGCAUCCUAAGUAAUCUCUACACCAUGCUAGGUCGGAAUGAGAACAUGAAAUUAAGUGGACGGCCACACCGACACAUUGGAGUGCUGGGUACCUCCAAGCUGUACGUGAUAAGAAACCAAAUAUUUGCUUUUACCCCUCAGUUUACUGACCAGCAUCACUUCUAUCUGGCUCUAGACAAUCAGAUGAUUGUGGAGAUGCUCAAGAUAGAACUGGCUUACCUCACUUCUUGUUGGAGGAUGACAGGGAGACCAACUCUGACGUUUCCCAUCACCCACACGAUGCUUGUUGACGAUGGUACUGACAUCCAUCCAGCAGUUCUUGCCACCAUACGAAAAUUAGAGGAUGGUUAUUUCGGUGGUGCAAGGGUGAAGAUAGGCAAGCUGUCAGAAUUUCUUACCACAUCUUUUCAUACGCAUCUGAGCUUCCUGGAUCCAGACUGUGAUAUAAAACUAUUUGAUGACUCUCAUGGAGGCUGUUGUAGCCCUGACAGUGAAUAUGGAGGCUAUCCAGCAGAUUUCUGUGAAAAAGAAAGCCAGGAUGAGCUGGAUCAGUAUAUAAAUGAUAUCCUGCAGAGUACAGCGCUGAAGUCAUAUCUGCCUCCAACUUCAAAGACUGCUCAUCAGCCGCUUGUGUUCAGUGCAAACCAUUCCACACAAGAGAUACUGUCAAUAAUGGCCAAGGCAAAGGGUUUGGAGAUUCCAGCUGUUUCCAUGUCUCUUCCAACUAAAGUUCUGAACACGCACCGGAAGUCCUUGAAUCUUGUUGAUAUUCCCCUUUCCCUUGAGAAAAAGGACCAUGAAAAGGUUUUGAACUUAGCUAAAGAUGCUCAUGGUGAUUUGGAUUGCAGGAAGCUUGUUGAGCAGCUGAAGGAAUGCCCAACGCUCCAUGAUCAAGCAGAUAUCUUAUAUAUCUUGCAUAUACUAAAAGGCCCUGAUUGGGAUACGCAGCUGAAUGGACAAUGUGGAGUCACUGUUCAUUGUCUGCUCAAUGAGCUCUACAGAAAGGCAGGCCUCAAUCAAGAGUGGGGCUUAAUCCGUUAUAUUUCUGGUAUACUUAAAAAGAGACUGGAAGUCCUGGCAGAGGCAUGCACAGACCUCCUGUCACACCACAAGCAGCUUACAGUGGGGCUGCCACCAGAACCCCGCGAGAAAAUCAUUACCACCCCUCUGCCACCUGAGGAGCUCACAGAUCUUAUUUAUGAAGCCAGUGGCCAAGACAUCAGUAUUGCUGUCCUGACACAGGAAAUAAUUAUGUACCUGGCAAUGUAUGUCCGAUCGCAGCCUAGUCUUUUCAUGGAGAUGCUCAGGCUCCGCAUUGGUCUGAUAAUUCAGGUGAUGGCCACUGAGCUGGCUCGGAGUCUGAAAUGCUCAGGUGAAGAAGCUUCAGAGAGUUUGAUGAAUCUAAGCCCUUUUGAUAUGAAAAAUCUCCUACACCAUAUUCUCAGUGGAAAAGAGUUUGGUGUGGAAAGAAGCUUGCGACCUAUGGAUUCUUCUUCAUCCAGCCCUGCAAUUUCUAUUCAUGAAAUGGGGCCUUCUGGAGCAACGAAAACAGAAAGAAGUGGUAUUACUAAAUUGAAGAGUGAGAUGAAGCAGUUCUUUCAUGAGGGCCACUCCAUGUCCAGCAGCAUGUUCGCUUCCAGGAGGAGCAGUACUCCACCAUCUCCUUCCAGUACUUCUCCCACCAGUUCCAGCGGAGACAUUAGUUGGGGUGACCGCAAAGGGCAGUGGCUGCGCAGAAGAAGGCUUGAUGGUGCCAUUAACAGAGUUCCUGUUGGCUUUUAUGAGAAAGUAUGGAAGAUUCUUCAGAAGUGCCAUGGUCUGUCCAUUGAUGGGUAUGUCCUUCCUUCUUCAACCACCAGAGAGAUGACCCCAUGUGAAAUCAAGUUUGCUGUACAUGUGGAGUCUGUGCUGAACCACGUCCCCCAGCCUGAGUACCGGCAGCUCCUAGUGGAAGCCAUUCUCGUCCUCACAUUCCUGUCUGACAUCGAGGUGAACAGCAUUGGGGGGAUCAUCCAUGUAGACCAAAUAGUGCACAUGGCCAACGACCUCUUCCUGCAGGAACUGAAAUCAUACGGAGCUACGGGUGGUAUCUUGGAGAAGGAUGUGGCCACAGGAAUUUGUCACUUCUUUUAUGACAGUGCUCCAAGUGGGGCCUACGGGACCAUGACGUACCUGACAAAAGCCAUAAUUAUUUAUUUGCAGGAUUUCCUGCCUAGCACAGGCUGUGUGAUGCAGUAAGCAAUGUCUCACUAGGGAAAAGAGGCUAGGAAGCUUCUCCCUGUUUUGCUGCCAUGAGCUGCCUGUUUGCUGCGUGUCAGCAGAUACACCAGUCACAGUGUUAUGUUACCUGCACACCUGCCUGAGGGGGACAGGUGGGUGGAAUGUGGCCUCAUUUUAAGGGAGGGUGUGAGAAAGAGCAAAUAACGAGGCUUAUUCUGCCUAAACUGCAUAAAUGUAAUUCGUAUUAAAUUAGCAAGAAUUAGUUCUGCCAAGGGGGAAACAGAUUUACUCUGUGGAGAUCAAAAGGCAUAAUAAAACGAGGGAGCUGAAUCUCAGGCACAGAAUUUCCCAAAUAAGGGAAAUAAUGGAACUCAUUAGUUUUUCUCCUGCCAAUCUGUAAAUCUACAUUGCUGUGAAUCACUAAUGUGCAGUGUGAAACAUUCAGGAGGAAUGUAAAUGAAAGGAAUUGGGAGAACUGGAAACAACCAGGUGGUAUUUUUAAUACACGUUCACCCUGAUUCUCA